AUGCGACUCACCCCCUCCCUCUCUGUGCCUCCAUCAUGUGUUCCUCUUGAGAGAACGGGAUCUGGGGUUCUUCCCUUCCCGCUCAAACCCAGACCCUGUGCCUUCCCCUGUCUGUGCCUGUCCAGCCUUGCCGUGCCAAAAAAGCUUUUCCCCAUUCGCGGCGUCUUUUUCUGGGGGUGGAUCCGCCAACUGUCGUUUUAUAAACUCUUUCGUUUUUCCAUUCCAACCACCAGCUCAACCGAGUCGUUCAACAUUCCACAAGUGUUGUACUUCAUCUCACUCACCACCACCAUCGUUUACUCUGUAUAA